AUGGCAAGCUUGGCCAUUGUCCUAUCCAUCAUGCUGCAGUUCGAGAUCAACAGAUACAUGAUCCGUCAAGCAACUGCAGCCCCCCACCAGACCCACCAGACCACCGACACCGAUCAAGACAGUCUCAGCGCCCACACGGGAAAUGGGGCCGUCUUUUCCCGCACAUUGCUUGCAAUGCUUUUGGGUCUUGGGUUCCCUGCUUUGGCUGCACUGGUAUUCUACGCAAUGACGCCGUACCGAUUGGGGCUAGAAUAUCAAACGUUGAGCAUCAACCUGGCACGCUUACUUGGCAGCAUGUGGGUGCUGCACUCCAACACGUAUGCUCUCGCAGCCACCAUCUUUCUCACCACAAGUCUACGACGUCUGGCGUGGUUCUUGGAUUUGUACUUUUUUUAUGAUACCAAGAAGUUUGUACCUGUUGCUGGCGAGUACGUUGUCAUGAUUCGUGACAGCAUUGGCACGUGGAAGCUCCGAACAGUUGCCGACGUGGGAUGGGACUACGUCUUCUCGAGCACUGGCCACGUGCGGCUAUUACGACAAGAAUACCGUUGUGGCAAUAUCGUACAAUCGCCUUACCUUCAUUUUAUGCGACAUGCCAUCAUUGAACGUUUUUCAUCAGAGGAAGAGCUCAAGGUUGCCAAGCGCAUUGUAAUGUUUGAUCCGCAAAUCCUGCGCGUUCCCGACAACUCGGGCCGGUUAUUACUCCAUCGUGCAUGUGCCAACACCGAGACACAACUACGAGUCGAGUCAUCCAAUUCCUGGUUGAGUUUCCUUCAAGUGACAAAUGACAUUAAUGGGUUUUUGCCACUCCAUCGAAUCUGCCGAGAUGAAACGACACCACCCGCCGUCAUUCAAUGCCUAGUUGAGUUGAAUCCUCGGGCUCUUGAGACACCUAGCAAUGAAGGACGGUUGCCGCUCCACGUUGCUUGCAGAUUUCCGCAGACGCCCCUUGCAACCAUCCAAUACUUGGCCCAACAGAGCCCUCAGGCUCUUCAGACACCUAAUAAUUUUGGGUCUGUGCCGCUUCACGAAGCUUGCAGACAUUCACAGACGCCCCUUGCCACCAUCCAUUACUUGGCUCAAAAGAGUCCUCAGGCUCUUCGCGUGUCAAACAAUCGGGGUCUGCUACCGCUUGUCGCAGCAAACAUCGACGGAAUGCAUUCAAUGCGGGUUCUUGUUUCUCUUGUACGAGUUGAUCCAGGAGUCAUGCAGACGCUGCGUACUGAGCUUUCUGGCGUAAACUGGAAUCAGGGGCGUCUUCGUGACACUCUUGACAAGUUGGCUGUUGCCGCGAACUUGGCUGUCCAGGAGCAGGAGUUGACCAUCGAGCUGCGCCCGGACUGGAUGAACGAAACACGCGACAACCUAGAGACGAUUGAAGAUCAUGAUGGCCAACUCCAUCCAUGUAUCCGUGUUCUGGUUCAAUGGCUCCGCAGCAACAUAAUUGAUCGGAACAACUACUGGCAAGACCAGCUUGAUCCUAUUGCUGCCAGACUGGAUGCUUUGGCCGGCGAUGACACGGCAACAACAACUGAGUGA